AUGGACUCAUCAGAUGGGUUUGAACAUAUUACGCAGCCUUUGGGGGAUGUCCAAGAGGAAGGAAAGGUGGAUAAUGAUGUUGUGAGUGGUGAGGGGGAGAACAACAAGGAAAAGGAAAUUAGCGACGACGAGGAAGAGGCUACCGGUGAUAAAGAGUCCGAGGCCGCUCAAAGAAUCCCUGAAAAUGAGACAUCCGAAAUGCGCCCUACUUGGACCCGAAUGCACCUUCGACACUUAUCUAUUGAGGUUUUGAAAGAACACAACAUAGAUUAUGUGAUAGAUAGUCAGAAUCCAGACUACGUCUUGAUUCAACGUUGGGUCCCCGAGUAUGAACAAGAUUUUCUUUGGGCCGCAACUCGUGCUUCACGUACCAGACGCAAUUCUGAGAACCGUCGCUCCAACUCUCCAUAUCCAUCACGUGUUCGUUCCAACCGAGCUUCAUCGCCUGGAAUCAUUGAAGUCCGUGUAAGCAAGCAAGCAGCGGAACUCAAGCUGAAUAUAAAUAGAAUGGAGUUCAAGGAUUGGGCAGGAUCAAAGUAUAUGGAGCAACGAGGAAAGCAUGUACUAGAUGUUGCGGUGGAGGAUGGAAAAACGAUUAGAGUGGCGAUCAAUUCAGAGGCCUUGAGAGACGAAUUGCGAAUACUAAUAGGAGCUGGUGUAGGUCUUUUGAUAAGUGAAUGGCGUAGAGUUUUGACUGGGCCUUGGAAGGUUCUUGUGGAGUAUGAGGAAGCAAUCAGAUCACGAUUGCGAAAACUGGAGGAAAUGAUGAAUUCUCGAGACGAAAAGCUGGAGGAAGAUUCGCUGGAAGACAAAAACAAAGUAGCCGAUCAAGUUCAUGAAGACAGAAGAUCAGAUCGCAAGGUCCGAUUUAGAGAUCCACCUUCGAGUUGUGAGGUGUGCGAUGUUGUCUAUCCUCCUCACGAAACUCCUCUCGCAUGUAUCGAUACCAGAGUGGCUCACUUAAAGUGUCUGAUCGAAUUCAUGGACCACGAUCUGAAACAUGUUUUCGAACUCCGACAACAGAUCAAAGACGGUACUAUCACCGAGAUAGCUUUCACCGAUCUUUGGCAUUUAUUCAGUCCCGGCGAUCUGAUUGUCACCUAUCCCAUGUCUCGUGCGUACCGAGUCUUUCAUACAUCGGGUGGUCGACUGCGGUUAUCUAAACCGGAAUUAUUUGAGAAGAAAGCAGUGUGCUCACCUUUCAAUAUCAACUGCUUCUAUAUGAAGUCUGAUUGGAAGGUCGUUGGCCCGGUUCAUGAAACUUUAAGAAUAUCAGAGUAUGCUGGAAAGAAGUCAGUGUCAGAAUUACUAGUUGAACUGGAUGGGGAGCUCAUGACAGAGAGAGUUACGGUUGCACCCCUCAAGUUACUCUCGAUCAGUGAGCGGAAGAAUCGAACAUCAUAUCUUGUUGCUAGAGGAAAGAAACUAAGAUCCUUGAAGCAAGGUGAUCACAAGUAUUACUUGGGCAGUGCUGGAGAAGAAGUAUCAAACUCGUCAAAUAAUGAAGAUUUGAAAUUUGCAGGGCGACCGCCAGUAUAUGGAACGAGUUCUUUCGUGAAUCUCAAGAAAGAACGCGAAGAAAUAAAAAGCGAAGUCAUCAUAGACAGCGAGUUCGAGAUUGAGAACAAAGCUAUUGGUCUUUUUGACGCAAUUGAGUUCGAUUCCAGGGAAACCGCAGAGAAUUGCACACACUAUGGAGUAUCGAACAAUCAAUACUUUAAUGACCGCGGAUGUCGAUGCUCGGACUUGAUCGUGGACAAUGUUGUUGACAAUGACCGUGCGGCCAAGUACAAAGAUGAUUUUCAUCUUUUGCAUCCUCGUGAUGUUAACGAUGAACUGGAAGAUGAGUUCCUCAUGUUAUUGCCGCCUACAGUUGAGGGGUUUGUGCUGGAGAGAAAAAUAUGGAAGAUGCUGAGUGUAGAUACGAUAAGUGAUUUGAAACAAGAAGGCGUAGAGAAUCCUGUGGAUUUCAAAUCUCUCGUAAUACCUGAAGGACACGAGAGUCUAUUGAAAGCAUUGGUGGGAACGCACCCCAGCAGUCACUCACUAUCAUUUAGAAAAAGCAGGGAUCAAUCCAGCCUAGCAAUUCUGCUCCAUGGACCCAAGAACACAGGGAAGUUUCUCACCGUAAAAGCACUUGCCUCUCAUUUCAAUAGACCACUGUACACCAUAACUAGCGCAGAUCUUGGCAUGAUCACAUGGGAUGCUGCACGGGAGCUUGCUACCCAUUUCAAACGAGCUACAAAAUGGAACUGUAUAAUUGCAAUUCCAGAUGCGGAACGUCGGUUCCCGCACCGCAAGAGCCCUUCAGAUGGUGAUUCCAAUAUGCCAGGAUUAUUUCUGAGGGAGUUAGAACUGUUUAAAGGCAUUGUAAUUCUGACGACGGAUAUAAAAGAUGAUGUGGAGGAGCAAGUUCUGAGAGGUAUGAAUGUAUGUCUCGGAAGCGAUUUCUGGAGCAGAUCAGAAAAUCUUCAAGUUUGGCAGCACGUUUUGAAAAAGCGUGGAAUUUUUCUUGCAGAAGAUACUGAAGAAGUACCUGCUGGAAUUAAAGUGUCACUUGGGGAAGCAGACUAUGAUCGUUGGUUGAGAUUCAUAGAUGGAGAAUAUGGAACAGGAAAGCGGUGGAGUGGUGUGGAAAUGAACAAUUACUUUGAUACAGCGUUGGCUCUGGCGGCAUAUGAUACCAAUUCCACCAGCGGAUCGACGUAUGUCUUGAAGGACAGUCACUUGAGUAUUGCAGCAAGGGUUGUUGGGACUUCAGUUUUCUCUGUGUUGUAA